UGUACAAAAAUGAUAAUUUUCAAAGAAAACAAAGUUGGAUAUUCGCGAGCACAAUUCACUUUGUCAUAAUACCGUUCUCAAUGUUGAAGCGGGUGAAGGAUGGAGGAGUCAUGACGGACUGACGAGUUUCAGAAGGAAAUGUUAGUGUAACAAGGAACCCCACUGUAACACCCCACUCCUUGGAAGCUUGGAAUGACAGAGCUUCACUUUUGAGAGACUUUUGUGCUCUAGCAGUUAGUUGCGUUCGGUUAUCGAUGGCAUGAUACCUGCCCUUGACGAGAGAACCUUACUGGCAGGCACGCCUCCCAUAACGCCACUCGUCAUCUAUUCCACUUCCCUAGUAACUAGGUAACCACUUCCAGCCUGCCCUCUUCACUCUUGUUAUUGCCUCACCCUGUUCCGUUCUUCUUGGUUUGAUACAUAUCUCUAUCCUCCCUAUCACCUAGAUAUCCUAAGCCCAUCAGGGAUCAAUCGGCUUCCUCAACAUGAGUGCCUCCAACGACAGUGGUAGGACACUACCCAGAGUAUUGGUAAUAGCAGGGUCGGACAGUUCGGGCGGGGCAGGUCUCGAAGCAGACCAAAAAGUCAUUGCCGCUCAUGGAUGCUAUGCUAUGACAGCUACCACCGCAUUGACGGCCCAGAAUACCCAGGGAGUGUACGGCAUUCACGAGGUUCCGGUGGACUUCCUAAGGAAGCAGAUUGAUGCUGUGGUGGGUGAUGUCGGUGUUGACGUUGUCAAGACUGGCAUGCUUGCUUCGGCCGGCACUAUCGAGGCUGUUGCCCAGGCUCUUCAGGACCACAAGCUCAAAACACUGGUUAUUGACCCGGUAAUGAUCGCGACAACAGGCGUUGAACUCCUCCCUCAUUCGGCCUCCCGUGCUCUCUGCGAGAAACUCCUCCCCAUAGCCACCAUCCUGACGCCUAACGUCCCGGAAGCGAACAAACUCCUACUCGAAACCGGCCACGACCAGCGCCCGGUUCAGUCUGUUGCCGAUCUUGAGGAUAUUGCCAUCAAGGUGCAGAAGCUUGGGUCAAAGUGGGUGCUCGUCAAGGGCGGUCAUAGUCCCUUCCGCAGGGAUGGCACUGAGGCAAAGACGGAAGAUGAGAUGGAAAUCGUCGUCAAUGUCCUCGUGGGACCUGCUUCAGGGGAGACAAAAAGAGACACAGAGGGCGAGAUGGUCAGGAUCGAGAUGCCGUACCAGAGGUCUAGGAAUACCCAUGGUACUGGUUGCUCCUUAGCUUCCGCUAUUGCCUCGAACCUCGCCAAGGGGAUGGACAUGGUUCCGGCUGUCAAGGCCGGAAUUAGAUAUGUCGAUGCCGCAAUCAGGACGGCGCCUGGGUUAGGCCAGGGGAACGGGCCCCUCAAUCAUUUUCACUCCGUCAAGGCACUUCCAUUCUCUUCCGGUCACUUCCUCGAUUAUCUUCUUGAACGACCCGACGUGGCCCCAGUGUGGGACCGCUACAUCCAUCACCCGUUUGUCAUGGCCAUGGGUGAUGGGACUCUGCCGAGAGAGUCAUUCAAGGGAUAUUUGAUGCAGGAUUAUGUCUAUCUCAUUCAUUACGCCCGUGCAAACGCAUUGGCUUCGUACAAGGCCAAGAACAUCGAGGACGUUGCUGGUUCGGCCGCUAUUGUUGCGAACUGCUUCAGGGAGAUGAAUCUCCAUGUCCAAUACUGUGCUGGUUUCGGCAUCUCCAAAGAGCAAAUGGAGAAGACCGAGGAACAUCAAGCCUGCACGGCAUAUACAAGAUACGUCCUAGACAUAGGCCAAUCCGAAGAUUGGUUCGCUCUCCAGAUGGCUCUGGCCCCAUGUCUCCUCGGCUACGGCGCCAUCGCCAAACACCUACACGCCUCCCCCAACUCCAAGGCCAACGAAACUGACAACCUCUACUGGACCUGGAUUACCAACUACGUCGCGGAUGACUAUACCACCGCCGUCAAAGCGGGCCGUGAACUCUUGGAACGGCAUGCCGUGCUGCAGAGCUCCGGGAGGAUUGAGGAGUUGGUGCGCGUUUUUGUCCAUGCUACCAAGGUGAGUGACAACUACUUGUUGCUUCAAACGACUGGACGAAAUAUGGAGCACAGAAGGAGAGCAGAGCUAACAAAGUGGUUUGAUCUGGCGAUUUAGAUGGAGAUUGGAUUCUGGGAGAUGUUUCCGUACAAGGCGGAGGAGGGUGGGUCCCAAUGACCGUUGGCCGAGAGUAAGAGAGGGCUUGAUGGACGAAGGCACAUGAUAUGGCAGACAGCGUUGGACACAGCAGCAUCUAUUUUCUGGGGUCGGUUAUCUUUGACUGAGCAUCGGAUUUCUUUCUGCGUCGCGCUUCAUUCCGCUAGCUCUCUGAACUUUUGUUUGUUCAACUGAAUCUUCGGUUCUUCUAUGAGCGAGUAGCGAACAAGUGUGAAACUGGGUUCCUAUUUUGAAUACUGCAGGCUACACUGGUCGGCUAG